AUGGCUGUCAUCGAAGAUGAUUCAGGCUUCAAUCUGUCAUUCGAAUUGGGCCCAGAUGCAUCCGAACUCACUGGCAUUCCACGCCGUAUACUCAAAUUUGAAGCUCGCAAAGAGACGGAUGAGGAAAAGCGUCUUGGGCACGACCGCCUCAUUCUUGAUUCCAUCAAGUUCUCAGCCAGCACAAACUCAUUCGAAGUCUUUUCGUUAGCGAAGAAAUGGAUGAGCCAAUGCUUGGAGAAACAUCCAACAUGCAACAAAUCGACUGAUACAGAAUGGUAUCCUACACGACUACUCAGCUUUAAAUCCUCUGAUAAUGCAAAAGACCCUAUCAUCUACCUUGUAGAAACAAGCGCGGUCACUCCUUCGGGGCCAUACAUGACUCUCAGCCAUUCCUGGGGCAAAGGCCAUGCCAUUACUCUGAACAAGCAGUCCUACCAAAGCCUCCUACAAGGGAUGCCUCUGUCAUCUUUUCCGCCAACAUUUCGCGAUGCUUGUUUUAUUGUUCAACAAUUCGGCGUAGACCACAUAUGGAUCGAUGCUUUGUGCAUAUUUCAAGACAAGGGCGACCUUUCCGACUGGAGCAGGGAGGCAUCCCUAAUGCACAAGGUUUACUCCUUUUCACACUGCAACAUAGCUGCUGCGGAAAACACAAAUAGUUCUGAGCCCAUUUUCAGAAACCGAAAUCCAGAAAGUCUAAUCCCUCCUACUACAGAGGCUAUAGUUCAAAAGAGGCCCUCUGACUCUGAAUUUGAAGACACACCUCUAUCAGAUAAAUAUAUUCUGGAUUACCAAGACUACUGGAAACCGGUCGAGGACGCACAUAUCAACACUCGAGGCUGGGUCAUGCAAGAGCGGUUCCUAUCCCCAAGGGCUCUACACUUUGGUGCACAUCAGGUUUACUGGGAGUGUCGUGAAUUUGCGGCCUCAGAGACAAACCCGGACGGCUUCGAAAUCUUGUAUUUUGGAGACCCCUUUAAAGGGCUGAUGAAUGCUCCGCAUGGGUACUCGUCCUGGUCAAGCUUGGUUAUGAAGUAUUCAGGGUGCGCUUUAAGCUUUCCCAGUGAUAGACUAGUCGCGUUCUCCGCCGUUGCAAGACUAUACGAAUACUAUCUGUCAGACGACUAUGUUGCUGGGAUGUGGCGCAGCCAUCUUCAGAGCGGUCUGCUAUGGCGGGCAUACACCAGCGACAAAGGCGUACCAACGCGCUAUGAGGCAUACACAGCACCUUCUUGGUCAUGGGCAUCAAUCAACGGUGAUGUACUUACUACAGUCCAAGUUCCUGACAGGGAGGAGUAUCUAUACGAAGUGGGUGAUUACAAACUGGAGUAUGCCACAGAGGACAAGAUGGGCGCAGUCCGAUCAGGAUGGAUUCGCCUUAGCGGACACUUGAGAAAGCUGAAACUGUUGCACAAACAAGAGGAAGGCAAGGACAUGUGGUCGCUGAUUAUUGACAACAUUGAAUAUGAUCCGCAACAAUAUAAGGAUGAAGAAACAGGUGAUAUAUGGUCAUCAGUAUCGCUUGACGAGCCGCAGACAGACUUUGACAAGGACAACAAAAGCGACGCCUUAUACUGCAUGCUAACGAGACACCAUCUUUUCGAUGAUAUUGGUGCGCCUUUCAACAUGUGGGACUUUCUUCUGUUCAAGUUGGUAGAUCCUUCUCGGGGCAUCUUUCGUCGGAUUGGCAUGGCGCGUACAAGGACAGGCAAGGUCAAGAAUCCAUACCCUAUGAGUAGUCUUAUCCAAGAAGCCUCAUCAGAAUCGGCUCAACAAGACGGAUUUGAUUUCACAGCACUACCUUGUGCGACAUAUGAAGACGGUCUCCAUUCUAUAUAUGUCAUAUAG